AUGCAGAAGGCAGAGGCCAUGGCCCAGAUAAAUACUGGCGUCGGCUUACCGCCCCUCUGCAUCCAGGGGUAUGCGAAGCUGCGCCAGGAGCAUCAGGCGCGGCUAAAAGCCGAGGCGGAGGCAGAGAACGCAACUAGGCGCUUAGCAGUAGCCCAGGAGCAGAUUUCGGAGUAUGCGCAGCAGAGGGAAGGGGAGGCAGGGCAUCUCCUAGGACAGGUUCACGCUGUGCAUACAGCGCUUGCAUCAGCCUUGCAGCAGCCUAGCGAGGGUGGUGGCAGUCUUAGCGAGCUAGAGGCACACGCACUGAAGGACAGGCUAGAGGAAGCUGUGACAGAGGCGCGAGCAUUUGCAGCACAGCAGAAGGCAGACGCAGAGCGGACAAAACGGUCCUUCAGCCAGGCGGACUUGCAGACAGCUGACAGCGAUGUAGAGAUGAAGCGCAUGAGGGAGUCAGAGGACGACUCAGAGCUGACGGGCGGGGCCGAGGAUCCGCCGUUGGCGUCGCACGCGGCCAACGGCCGCGGCGGCGCUGCGCGGCCCGGCGACGACGAGGCCGGCUCGGAUGCCGAAGACGCCGACGCGGCGGCCGGGCCGCGCUCGGCCGGGUUCUUGGAGCGGUCGCGGUUCAUCCCGCUGCGGCUGUCGGCCGACGAGCGGCGGCUGCUGCACCUACUGGAAGCUGCUCUGUCCGUGUCCUCCUACACCGACAAGGUGGACAUCCUGAGCUGGCGCAACAAGACGCAGCGGGUGCACGUGCAGGUGAAGGACAUCUGCGCGAUCCUGUCGGGGCUGGUGGUCGCGCAGGACUACAAGAAGGGGCAGGCCCUCGUCGUCAACCGCAACUUUGCCGACAACGCCGAGUGGUUCCAGAAUGUGUUUGAGGUAGGGCGCCGCUUCAAGAUCAUGAACCCGGACCGCAUGCGCUCAGAAUACGGCAAGCUCAUCUACAUGCUCAUGGACAGCGCGGACCGGGACCUGCAGGAGCUCCUGGAGUUCCGCUGCGUGCGCCCGCUGCGAACCGUCCACGGCUUGCUAGCCGAGCGCGGCGGCCUGGCGCUUUUAGCAGACGGGCUGAUGGAACGGGCCACGGCGGAGAUCGUUGCCGGGGAGCGGCCGCGGGCCGAGGUGCAGCGGGACAUCAAGCAGAAGGAGCGCGCCCGCGAGGCGCUUGUCAGGAAGCACCGCUCCGCGCAGCUGGCCGAGGAGGACAUCUUGCGGUGCAUCUACAGUAUCAGCGACAACAACUCAUAUCUGCUAUUCAACCGGGAUCCGGUCGACCGGGUCAUCUCCUACCUGCGCGAAUACUUCCGCCCGGACGCCCUCGAGUCAGGUGCCAGCCUGGCGAUUAGUGGCGGCUUGGGUGGCGCACGACUAACCCACAGUCACGAGCGGCAGUUCCACUACGUGCUGCAGAGUCUCACGCUCUGGCGCGAAAUCAGCCACGAGAUGUUCAAGCUGUGGUGCCUGGCGGAGAAUGACCUGCUGCGCGAGAGCAACACCUACCGCCUCGUCAACACUGGCCAGGGCCUGAACCGGGUGCAGCAGGCGGCAAGUGUGGGCAAGGCGAUGGGGGCCAUCCUGUGGCGGUGCCAGCAGCGGCUGGGGCAGUGGGUGGGCAGCAGCGUGAUCCACCUCGGGGACCACAACGUGCCCAACGCCCUCAUGUUCAUCGACAAGUACACCCAGGUUCCGCGCAUCCUGAACCCGGUGGUGCUGGUGCUGGACUCGCUGCCCAAGUACUGCAAGGACCCCCACCUGAACAAUUACGUCAACUCAGUCUUCGGCUCCGUCGAGGGCUGCAGGAAGGCAAUCUUGCUGGACUUCUUCCGCCACGCAUUCGACGGCAGCGGUGCAGACAACUUUUUUGACGCGGGGAGCUGCAUUGAUGGGCGACUGACAUCGGCGUGGAACUGGGGAUCCAAGAUAGAGAAGAAGAAUUACUAUCCUAUCUUCAAGGUGGCUGGCUUUGUGGGAUUCGAUGGCGAGUUCAAGGGCUGAACCUGACGCCAUACAUUGUUGUCUUGCCACCAAUUUUAGCAGUGCUGAGCUUUGCACCUUUGCUGUAUAGUAGGAUGACCGGCAUGAUGGUCAGAAAUAGUGUGCCACAGUAUCUCACCAUGGCGACUCAACGUUUACAUAAAUAGGCCUGAGAUUGUGAGAAGGAUUGAUGUCCAUCUGCAUAAAUGGCGCUUGUAGGAUGAGCGGCCGAUACAUGCAAUCUUUGGACACUGUAAGUGUAGAAUUAGCAGAUGUAACGCUGGCGC